AUGACCUCAGACUCGGAUCCCCCGCCGUCGGCAAACGCUCCACCACCGACGCGGCCUCGCUCGCCAUCGGGCAGCUUUUAUGCCCUCAGCGAUGACGAAGAAGGCGAUUACAAUACAAUCACGCAUACGGAAACAGGACGGGGGGUCAAGCUGCUUUUCUCUAAGAGCAAGGUCUACGUGCACCCCACGCCAUCAGCAAAAGAUAAUAUCCCCGGCUACAUAGCAUUGCUCCAGCAAAAAGGAGGCUCAACCGAACGACCGACGUCCUCCUCUUCUCGAGACUCCCACAACCCACCUCCCUCCAACCUGCUCCUAGCAUGGCUCCCCGAAGCCUCCCUCGGCGAAUCCGAGAGCAUUUACGUCAAGGUUGACCUCAGCGAGGGUGAAUCGCCGCCCAAGCAGUCAUACCUAGUACCCCCUCCGCCGACAGUCACAUCCCACAGAGGCUCCGUAGGCACCUAUGCUUUCGCCAUCCCCGUCAGCGCAAUCUACUCGCUGCUUGUGAGGCCACCGAGUCUGGGCUGGUGGUUCGGCUCCUUGAUCAUCAACUCGAAGGCCGGCGACAGCUUUCCCGCGCUGUUCUUCCACGACAGCGAAUGUCAAAGCACGAUCCUCAAGCGAAAGAGGCGGACGAGGGACAGCUUUGACCCUUUUGGUGACAGGGGUGAGAUGUUCUGGGGUGGCGACGAGGUACUGCGUUGGUUGCGGCGCUAUGUUCCGAUCGAGAGAUCCGGCGCCGAGCCCAACAUUUACCUGGUUGAACCUUCAAAGGAGGAUAGCGAGGCAUUCAGCGGCAAGCUCACUUCCAGCACGGCCCAAGCCGGUCAAAAAGAUGGCACGGGGACUCGAGCUGGCAGCGCCGGUCCUAGUGGCGACGCGCAGAUGGACCCCUUUGUGAAGUUUGUCAAAGAAACUGGAUGGAACAUCAUGGAGAAGUUCAGCAAGGUUACCACUUUUACCAGACGGGCCGCUCAAGACGUCAUACAGAAUCCAAACGUUCCCCCGCAAGUUAAGAGGCUUCUUCGAAAUCCAGAGGUACAGACGCUCCAGGAUGAGUUCGACAGUGCUAGGAUAUACCUGGCACGCUGGGCCAUGGGAAUCGCCGAACAAAGUGAACGAGACCGGAGCCAGAGGAUAUGGACUGCGAAGGAGGUCUUGGAGCUUGAAGAUACUGAUGUUGGGGAGUUUGAGCUCCUGGACGGCAGUAGCACCAUGUCACUGGAGGACAGAAGGAAAACAGUAACAUUGAAAGAAUGGAACACUUUCUUUGACCAACGAACCGGUAGGCUAUCUGUCACUGUCGACGAAGUCAAGGAACGGGUGUUCCACGGAGGACUCGACCCUGACGAUGGUGUGAGAAAAGAAGCUUGGCUCUUUAUCCUCGGUGUUUAUGACUGGUACAGUACUGCGGAGGAGCGGAAAGCCCAUCUCGCGUCUCUACGAGAUGAAUAUGUCAAGUUGAAGGGCGCAUGGUGGGAGAGACUCGUAGACCUGGGAGGUGAGGGCGAGCAGGGCGAGUGGUGGCGUGAGCAGCGUGGACGUAUCGAAAAGGAUGUUCACCGAACAGAUCGGAACGUGCCCAUCUUCGCCGGGGAAGACAUCCCGCACCCUGACCCAGACUCCCCCUUUUCCGAGGUCGGCACCAACGUUCAUCUCGAGCAAAUGAAGGACAUGCUCCUGACAUACAACGAGUACAACAAGGACCUCGGCUAUGUGCAGGGCAUGUCUGAUCUCCUCGCUCCCAUUUACGCCGUCAUGCAGGACGACGCCAUCGCCUUUUGGGGCUUUCAGCACUUCAUGGAUCGCAUGGAGCGCAACUUCCUCCGCGAUCAGUCGGGCAUGCGGUCUCAGCUAUUGACCCUUGACCAUCUUGUUCAAUUCAUGGAUCCCAAACUCUACGCCCACCUGCAGUCUGCCGACAGCACCAACUUCUUUUUCUUCUUCCGCAUGUUGCUUGUCUGGUAUAAACGUGAGUUCGAGUGGAUGGACGUGCUACAUCUUUGGGAGACUCUUUGGACGGACUACCUGAGCAGCAGCUUCCACCUCUUUGUGGCCUUGGCCAUCUUGGAGAAGCAUCGAGACGUCAUCAUGACCCACCUGCAGCAUUUUGAUGAGGUGCUCAAAUAUGUAAACGAGCUGUCCAAUACAAUGGAUCUCGACUCAACUCUCAUUCGCGCGGAAGCGCUGUUCCGUCGCUUCCACCGCCUGGUUGAGGCAGUCGAUAAGAAGGGCAACUUCCCAGGCCCGAGGAUCCGAGACCCAGGUUCUCCUUCCAAGUCAUCGUCCACCGACAAAACUCCACAGGAUGGCCAAAGCAGUGCAGGCCCAGCAUCGCCUCUCAAGGACAAGAGCAAGGUAGCCGAAGAGCCUCAGGUCCAAAAGGUCAUCACCCCAGAGUUGAGAGAGCUUCUCAGUCGGAAGGUCGUGAUCUUGCCGCGGAAAGAGGUAGCGAAGAAGGGCGACGGACCCGGGAGGUCAUGA